AGGAGCUAGGGAGGCCGAGGGUGGGCCCGGCCUUUGGUGCGGGCUUUGGGCCCGGGGCCUUCAGUCCCGAAGCUGGAGCCGGGGGCGGGGCCGGGGCGCCGUUGUCCGCGGGAGGAAGAGGGAGGAGACGGGAAGCCUGACAGCAGCCGCCUCCGCCAGGCGCCUGCCGCGUCCUCCCGUGAGACUGCCGCCAACUCGGCUGUCGAGUUCCUGGGCCCACAACCGGCAGCUGGGACUCGGCCCUGCCGAGCUAGCGGGACAGAGGCUGUGGGGCGCCGACGUGCUGUGCUUCGCGCGGGAGGAGGGAGUCUAGACGCUGGGAGCGUCCCGAGCCCCGCCUUUCCCUCCUCGCGAACCCUGGGGCCUGGGGCGCGCGAGGAGGUGCUGAGCCGGGCGGACGACUGAGAAGGGACCGGGAUGAGGAAUGUUGGAGUGAACGUCGGGAUCCAGAUUUGUGUAAAGGCAUGACUUCACGGCACCUCAGGGAAGAUAGGGUGCAAGCCCAGAAACUAUUUCCUCACCACCACUUGUUGAAAAACUGAUUUGAAGGCAUCUCUGGAUUUGAACAAACGGAAAGUGCCAGGAUUUUAUGCGUCUUUGGUUUUGCGCUAAAGACCCAUCACUACUAGGCAUCAAGACGAAAAAAACUGGAAACUAAUCCGAACCUAAUUCAUCAGAAUGGAAAGAUUUGUAGUGACAGCACCACCUGCUAGAAACCGGUCUAAGACUGCUUUGUAUGUGACUCCCCUGGAUCGAGUCACUGAGUUUGGAGGUGAGCUGCAUGAAGAUGGAGGAAAACUCUUCUGCACUUCUUGCAAUGUGGUUCUGAAUCAUGUUCGCAAGUCUGCCAUUAGUGACCACCUCAAGUCAAAGACUCACACAAAGAGAAAGGCAGAAUUUGAAGAGCAGAAUGUGAGAAAGAAGCAGAGGCCUCUAACUGCAUCCCUUCAGUGCAACAGUACUGCGCAAACAGAGAAAGUCAGUGUUAUCCAGGACUUUGUGAAAAUGUGCCUGGAAGCUAACAUCCCACUUGAGAAGGCUGAUCACCCAGCAGUCCGUGCUUUCCUGUCUCGCCAUGUGAAGAAUGGAGGCUCCAUACCCAAGUCAGACCAGCUGAGGAGAGCAUAUCUGCCUGAUGGAUACGAGAAUGAGAAUCAACUCCUUAACUCACAAGAUUGUUGACAAGGAGGUUACCACCAUUGUGAUCAAGAUAAAUAAUGUGGAGUAUUAAAGUUAUGUGUUGAUUGUGUGGUUCAUUUUUAUAUUUAUUUCAUUUUAAAUCAUGUGAUGCAGAAUAGUUUUGCAAUGUAUAUAUAUAGUUGCAGGCAAAAAAAAAAAAAACCACAAACAAAAAAAAAAGCUCACUGCAAAACGUAUUGUUAAUUUUAGUCACCAAUGGUGUAAAGCAAAACUUAGGGUUUAGAGUGUGCUAGGAUACCUGAAACCUGAUGGUUAUCUUUAAAAUUGAUGGUUUUUCUCCUGAAAUGUUUGUGCAUGGAAGAACUGCCCUGCUUUUUUACCCUGUUGCCAUGUAUGAUUAUUCCUUGUGACAUUACUUAAUUACUUGGAUUGAAGACUAGCCUAGGAAAUUGAAGCUGCUGCCAGGCAAUACCACUCAGAGUAACUUAAAGGAAUUAUUUCUGAUUAGAGGAUCCUCAAAAAGGAAGGGAUGGUGGGAAACUGUUCUUCUGUCUUCAGAUUCCUAGCAGAAAAUGACUGUUUCAGACUAUGCUUUGCUUGUAUAUGAUGUAGUUACCUAACUAUCCUUCAGUUCCUCACUAUCUUUUCCCUUUUUUUAAAGGCCUGUUGUUGUAUUUAGUAGCAGCUUCAAGUGACCAAAAGACUAAAAUCUUUCCUAAUGUCAGUGCCAAAAGUCAUGGGGAAUUUUGCAGUGACAUGAUUUUAGUCUAUUACUAUAAACACAAAAUUUUGAACCAUAGCUUUCAUUUCAAAUAUCAUCUUGAAUUUGCAUACUUUUUUUUUAUGUCAUGGUGUCAAAAGACUUCAAGAUUGGCAUUUAAUUUAAACAAGUAGGUAUUUUAUGAUUGAGUUUCCUGUUUUUACAGAGAACGAGUAACUACUUUUUGGCUGAGAGAUAGUUAAGGAAAUUACUUUCUAUGCAUUAAUUUUUCCAUAUGAUUUUAUAAGAGUUUAGAUAGACUAGGAACAAGUUUACUUACUUUCACUUUUAUGUGCUUUGCCUCUGGUGAUACAAGGUUUUUUUAAACAUGGGUGGUAAUUGUCUAGAAAUACUGGCAAGAUUUUUGUAGUGGAGAUCUGGCAGUAUCCUGCAUAACUGUUUGGGUGAGGAAAUAAUCAGUUCUGUUAAAGGUCAACCAUGUUCAGGAAAUGAUCUCUAUCUGAACCUCACUGUCCUGUAAGGUUAUCAAAGUAGAUUAGCCCAGUUAUGUUCUUUCUGUUGGAUACCCAAAUUAUAUUUUUUAAAAAAUUAAACAGCUAAAAACUUGGACUAGAGCUUUAAAAAAAAAAUCUUAAAUUCUUUGAAAACAUUCAAGUUAAUAUUUAUAAAAUAUAUUUCUAUUACAAAGCACUGACAAAUGAUGCCCUAUGUGACUUGGAGUUAUCUUUUGAGGUCAUUUUACCACCAAUCUUCAUUUAAGAAAAAAAAAAAAAAAAAAAAGCCAAAGUGAAUAAGAAAAAGGUUAGAUUAUAUAUUUUUCAGAAACAGCUUUCCAUGUCUUAAGUUUUUUAAGAGACUUAAGUUCUGAGUUUGGGUUGUCAAAGAGCCCUUCUGAUUUUAGAUCUUAAGUGGGUUUUUUUUGUUUGGCUCUCAUUUUUAAGUAAGGCCCCCCGCAAAAAAAAAAAAUCACUUGUCAAAAUUCCAGCUACCAGUUUUUCUUAUCUUCUGUUAUGCUAAAGUAGUACAAUAAAUGCCUAGAGUAGUGCUGUCAUUGAUAAAGCACAUGCUAGAGGAGAACAGCAGCAAAACAUAACCAAAAUGUACUUUGCUUUUUACUUCCUUACAGGCAACCAUGUUUAAUUUGAAUCUAAGAUGGUAGAAGAUCUAAGAAGCUAUGAAAAUAAUUGAGUUUUAUAGCACUGUUUUCAGAAUACAAAGAUAAGGUUAGAUAUACAGUCAUUCUAAUUUUUUUCAAGAAUUUCAUAUGAUUUAGACUGCUCCCUAUUGGAUAUUUGCACUAACAGCAAACACAUAGUGGCAGGACAACUUUGAGUGAGUAGUCCUAAGUGGUGAACUGGAUGACGUUGCACUAGAAAAACACCAGUAAUUCACAUUUGAGUUUCUAGUAGUAAUUACUGAUUUGAUGAUCAUUUAGGUCCCAUAUAUCUUAAUAUAUUUAUCCAGGCUUCUAACUUUUCCCACAUACACUGUAUCUAGGGGCAUAAUAUAUCUUCCUGUUAGGAUUAUAUCAUGACCUUAGAGUUUUCCAUCCUGUUGGGGAGGUUUAAUAUGUUUCUUUACUGAUUAUGAAACUUUAUUCCCUGAAACUGGAUAACUUUACUUCAUAGUUAAAUAGAUAAGGCAGAGUGAUCAUUUUAGCCUGCUCAAACUGAUAGAAAUCCGUGAAGCUGUGGUUGGCAUAUGUUGGAUAACAAAUGGAGAAUGUCUAAGAGGCAUGUGCUGCUGUGGAGGUGUAGUGGACAUGUGUACAGAAGCUUUCAAUCUUAACUAUAUAGUGUUAGUAUGAUUCUAUACUAUUGGAAAAAUAGCACAUUUUUUUUCUAUUUUAUAAGUUGUAUGCAUAAACAAGAUUUGUAAUGUUUCAUUUAUAAACUGCCUUCAACACAUGCUUACCUGUUAAUAGUGUUUUCUCAAAGUAUGGUAGUAUGUCUUCCAAAAUUUCACUAUAUGCUUACAGUAAGUAGUUCCUAGCUUGUUGAAAUGUUAAAUUCCUUGUUGGUUCUUUUGAUUCUUGUUGAUAACAAGCCUGAAAGGCAUUAUAAUCAUUUCUUACAGGGUGAAAAUUUAGGAAGAUUGUGUAUUGGAGCCUAAAUAGUUACUUUAUUCAUUAUCAUCUUUGAGUAAUAUUUUAAAAAACAAACAAAUGCUACUUCCAGUUAAUGCAUUUGGCCCUACUGAAUUUCAGGGACCAGAAUACUAAGAAAGUUCUGCAUCUUAAACUUGUCACCAAGUAAGCAUCAGCUUGGGAUUAUUCUGAAGUAGUCAUUGCUUAAAAACUAUUGUAAGUAACAGUUUGGCAAGAUCUCCAAGCAGACAUUUCCAUAUUAAAAUCUUUUGCCUAAAAGAAUUUGUAUGUAAAUGUUAAUGGAAAACACAUUUAAACAAAAUAAACUUUAAGGUGGCCCAAAAUGAAAGCCACAGACAAUUUAUUAUUUGGUGCUUAGUCUUUGUAAGGGCUCUCCAUGGUUUGACUUGCCCCAGCCACCUUUAAAUGAGUACAGGUCACCUUAAAACAUGCUUAUUAAAUAGAAGGUUCAUCCUAUAACUUCAUUGAAAACCUUAGCCUGAAAUAAGUUGCUUUGGCUUCUAGUCAGCACUGA